AUGGAUGCCUGGUACAGUGGAACUGAUUGCGAAAAUCAAGCCUCCUCUUUAACUCAUCAUGGGCAAGGGCUGGUGAGUCCGGUACUCCUCGACAUCACCCAAGGCCCGGAUGCUUACAAGAACACAAAAGAGGCUAUCCAUUCACUUCACAGGAUGAAACCCACCAAAGGUGGAAUAUUCGUCUCUGGACACACAUGGCUUGGCUUUAUGCCUAGCUAA